AUGACAAAGAGAGGCGGGACAUUUACGGAUUGCGUCGGGAAUCCAGGGACGGGUCGCUUGGAAGAUGACGUUGUGAUUAAACUGCUCUCAGAAGACCCCAACAACUACAAAGAUGCACCUUUGGAAGGGAUUCGGCGCAUUCUUUCCAAGUUCACAGGCCAUGAAAUCCCUCGUGGGCAACCUAUCGAUACUUCUUUGAUCCAAAGCAUCCGCAUGGGCACAACUGUGGCAACCAACGCGCUGCUCGAACGGAAGGGGGAGAAGGUAGCGCUGGUGGUAAGCAAGGGCUUCAAAGACUGCCUCGAGAUUGGAAAUCAGUCUCGUCCCAGAAUAUUUGACCUUGCCGUCAAACGCCCCGAUGUCCUGUACGAGGAGGUGAUGGAGGUGGACGAGCGUGUCACUUUGGAAGACUAUGUAGAAGAUCCGCAACGAAACACCACAGCCACUACUAUCCGGGAACAGACCCGGGCAGAAGAUGACGUUGUUCGCGGUCUUUCUUCGGAAGCGGUUCGCAUUCUGAAGCGUCCAUCUGAGGACUUGGUGAGAUCCCAGUUGAAAGAGGUAUACAACCGUGGGAUUAGAAGCAUAGCGGUAUGUCUUAUUCAUGGGUAUACCUUUCCAGACCAUGAGGCACUGGUGGGAAGAAUUGCCAAGGAUAUUGGUUUCCACCAUGUGAGUUUAAGCCACCAGCUCCUGCCGAUGAUUAAACUUGUGCCGAGGGCCACUUCAGCCUGCGCCGACGCAUAUUUGACCCCUGCCAUCAAGAAGUAUAUCUCUGGAUUUCAAGCCGGAUUUGAGGGUGGUAUAGGUAGUGAGAGUGUCAAACAACAGGCGGGAUCCAAAAGCGCACGCUGUGAAUUCAUGCAAUCAGACGGGGGCCUUGUGGAUGUCAAUCAAUUUUCAGGCCUACGGGCAAUUCUUUCGGGGCCUGCGGGUGGAGUGGUGGGAUAUGCGUUGACCUCCUAUGAUCCUGAGUCGAAGACACCUGUAAUAGGGUUUGAUAUGGGAGGGACGAGCACGGAUGUUAGCAGGUAUGGAUCCGGCCGGUAUGAACAUGUCUUUGAGACAACCACCGCUGGAGUGACAAUCCAAUCCCCUCAAUUGGAUAUCAACACUGUUGCUGCAGGUGGCGGCUCGAGAUUAUUUUACCGUAAUGGUCUCUUCGUCGUCGGACCUGAGUCAGCAGGAGCUCAGCCAGGGCCCGCGUGCUAUCGCAAGAGUGGACCCCUUACAGUAACCGAUGCCAACCUGUUCCUUGGGCGAUUGGUCCCAGACUUCUUUCCGAAUAUUUUCGGCUCAGAUGAAAGCCAGGGGCUGGAUGAACAGGUCAGCCGGGUGUUGUUCGAGGAGCUAACCAAAGAAAUCAACCAGCAGUUGGCCGAAGGGGGUCAAAGCCGAGAAAUGUCCCCUGACGAGGUUGCCUUUGGUUUCAUCAAGGUAGCCAAUGAGACAAUGACCCGGCCCAUUCGAUCUCUCACAGAGGCCAAGGGACAUGACACCUCAAAGCACAGGUUGGCUACAUUUGGAGGAGCCGGUGGCCAGCAUGCCGUUGCCAUUGCCGAGAGCCUGGGGAUUCGGCAAAUUUUGAUCCAUCGGCAUUCCUCGGUGCUCUCGGCAUACGGAAUGGCAUUGGCAGACGUUGUUGAUGAAAACCAAGAGCCUGAAUCGAAGACCUGGGCUGAUGAUGGCGCGGAAGGGGUUCGGGAUGCACUUGGUUCGAGAAUAGAAGACUUAAAAAAACGAUCCACGCAGAGGUUGCGAGACCAAGGCUUUGACGGUAAUUCAAUCGUAUUUGAAGAAUACCUCAAUAUGCGAUACCGGGGCACGGAAUCUGCCUUGAUGGUACUUAAACCCAGCAAAGAAGAGGCCGAUAUUCACUUUGGGGGCGACGAAUGGGCCUUUGGGAAGGCAUUUAUGAAGCAACACGAUCAAGAGUUUGGUUUUACUCUCCCAGAUCGGGAUAUCAUUGUGGAUGACGUACGGGUAAGAGGAAUCGGGAAAGGAUUCAAAAUAUCUGAAAAGUCUGUGGACCGGCAGGUCCGGGAGUCCAACCCAAAGGACGUUUUGGUGGGCCAAGAAUAUCGCAGAUCUCUUGUCUACUUCGAGGGUGGCCGACGUGAAACGCCAAUCUACAAACUCGACGAUUUGAAAGUUGAUGAGCGAGUGAGAGGCCCGGCGAUUUUAGCCGAUGACACCCAGACAAUCGUGGUGACCCCAGGAGCAUCAGCGCUCUUGACAAAAACCCACGUUGUCAUCAAUAUUGGUGAAUCCGAUGCCAGCCAGUCAAAUAUUGGCACUGACAAUGUGGAUCCUAUCCUUUUAAGCGUCUUCUCACACAGAUUCAUGGCUAUUGCCGAGCAAAUGGGGCGUGCUUUACAGAAGACAAGUGUAAGUACCAAUGUAAAGGAGCGACUUGACUAUUCCUGCGCAUUGUUUGACGCAGAAGGCGGGCUUGUUGCGAAUGCACCGCAUUUGCCCGUCCAUCUCGGUAGCAUGUCAACCUGUGUACGGAUACAGGCCCAGAUCUGGCAAGAUAAACUAAAGCCAGGAGAUGUAAUCGUGUCAAAUCACCCGGAAUUUGGGGGAACUCAUCUCCCAGAUAUCACAGUCCUCCAACCUGCUUUUAGCCAGGGAAAGAUCAUAUUCUACGUCGCCUCUAGGGCCCAUCAUGCCGACAUUGGAGGAAUCCUCCCCGGAUCUAUGCCACCUCAUUCAAAGGAACUUUACCAGGAAGGCGCAGCCAUCAAAAGCGAAAAAUUGGUAUCCGAAGGCAAGUUUGACGAGGAGCGCAUCACAGAAUUGCUAUACAACGAGCCGGCCCAGUAUCCAAACUGCAGUGGGACUCGAUGCCUAGCAGAUAACUUGAAUGAUCUCAAAGCUCAGAUUGCUGCGAAUAAGAAGGGUAUCAACUUGAUCGGCACUCUAAUUGAGGAGUAUGGUGAGGCCGUUGUGCAGUUCUAUAUGCACCAGAUCCAAGACAACGCAGAGCUCAGCGUGCGAAAUCUACUAAAAGAUGUGAGCAAGAGAUUUGCUGGUCGAGAACUGAGUGCGAUUGAUUAUAUGGAUGAUGGGAGCCCUAUUCAAUUGAAGAUAUCAAUAGAUGGGGACAAAGGAGAGGCAAUCUUCGAUUUCGAGGGGACAGGCCCAGAAGUAUAUGGCAAUAUCAAUGCACCGGAGGCUGUCACAUACUCCGCGAUCAUCUAUUGCCUGCGAUGCCUUAUUUCAGCAGAUAUCCCAUUGAACCAGGGGUGUUUAAAGCCAAUUAACGUUCAAAUUCCUCAUGGAAGUCUUCUAUCCCCCUCGGAAUCAGCUGCCGUGGUGGGUGGCAAUGUUUUGACGAGCCAACGAGUGACCGAUGUCGUUUUGAGGUGCUUCCAGGCUUGCGCUGCGUCACAAGGUGAUACCAACAAUCUCACAUUUGGGUUCGGAGGGAAUAUACCCGGUGAGAAGGAAACUAAAGGGUUUGGUUACUAUGAAACCAUCGCUGGCGGUAGCGGGGCUGGUCCGACUUGGAAAGGCACUUCAGGGGUUCAUACACACAUGACUAACACCCGAAUCACCGAUGCAGAGGUCUUCGAGCGGCGCUACCCUGUGAUCCUCCGAGAGUUUAGUCUUCGACCAAAUUCAGGAGGAAAUGGUCAGCACCGUGGCGGGGACGGCGUUGUGCGAGACAUUGAAUUCCGUAUUCCCGUGCAAGUCUCUAUCCUUUCCGAACGGAGAGUCUACCAUCCAUAUGGAUUGGGGGGAGGUGAGGACGCCCAGUGUGGUCAGAACAUCUGGGUACGCUGUGUGAAAAAGCAAGACGGAGGUUGGGAAAAAGAUAUAUCAACCUCGGCGCGAAGAAUUCCGCCCAGAUGCAAGCAGGGGAGCGAAUAA